UUAGUCACAACCUGACACCACACCCAAAAAUAGCCGAGAAAAAAAAAUCCGCCUGUUAACUGAAAGAUUGCUCUACUGACUGUGGAGUGUUUAGCUGUAACUUUGCAACUCUGGACUUUUCUAUACAUUUUGUAUUGUGAUAACUGAAGAAAAUCAUGUUCUCCUAUUGGGGUUUCCCUGGUAAAGGCUGUUGAAGGAUGUCCCACACGUGCAGAUGUCAACAGGUUUGUCUUGUUCAAUACUGAGACGGUCUGAACUCUGUGUCCACUGGUAUCUUUUGUUUGCUUAAAUGCUCGGUUAGCUCCCAGAACAGGGGGAGAACAUGAUUGUCUUCACUCAGGAGAAGAAGUUGCUUAUCUCCUCUCUCUGGAGAAAAAUCUCAGAAGCCACAGAAGACGAAGGUGAGCAUUUCAAUAGUCUGAGGCAAAACAGUUCUUGGAUCACAAGUGAUUCCACGUUCUCUGUUCAUCAGUAUCACUAUAUUUAAAUUGAAACACCUAUAAAUGUUAUACUAUAUUUACCGUCUACACUGCAAAAAGAGGGCCAUGAGGAUGACUCAACAUUGUUACAGAGAUCACACAAAUCCACUAUUCUUCAGUGAUUUGUCCAUAAAGUUCCAAAAUUUGAUGAAAAGUUGAUCCUUGGAGGUACGAUAGAGUGGUAAGUAAAAAUAUUUCAGGCUCUUCAUUGGGCAGGAGUGGACAAUAUAAUAAAAAAAAAAGACUGUAAACUUUAUUGAUCCGCCAAUACAACAUAAGUACUAAUGAAUGCUAAAAUUAAGACAUGCAUUAAACACAUGUGAGCCAAUGUACAUAAGUCACACUGAGGGCUGACAGUAUAUAAUUUGCCUGUAUAAAAUAUGUAUCUAUGACUUUCAUGUGUAUUUUAGAGAUAGUAUGUUCAGUACCUGCUCAGUACAAUGAAGCCAGUAUUGUGGCUUUAGAUCACCUGGUGUAACCGGUACUUGAUUAUGACUAACUGAUAAAGUAUAUGUGAUUGUUUACAAGUCAAGUUUCGUUUUCAUUUCUCUUCCUGGGAAAGCAGAGGUAAGAUUCCUUCGUCUGCUGGUGUUUUCACACAUCUGUGAAGUUGGUGAAGAAAUAAUUAUGGAUUAGAGAUUGUGACAAAAAUGUUGACGUGGGUUCCCCUAAAAAACAUGUUUACUGAAGCAUGUUUUGAGGAUUUCGUUUAAACAAUAAUGAAAGUUUAAAAAGAGGUGUGGUUUUAUGGUGUAACUGACAGUAACUUACUGUGGAAAAUCAAGCAGGUGACUUGUGCAGAAGACUGAGGAUUGCACUACACACCUGGAUUGAAAGCAUAACUAUGAAAAUACUGAGUUUAAUCCUAAAUGUAUGUUAGAUCCCAAGAUGCACCUUGUUAUCAUUUAUCAGCAACUGUUAUUAAUUAAAUGUCAUCAAAAUGCAUUAAUACUUGCAUUCAAAACUAGUUUUCCUACUAUGUUACCUUAUUAUUUUAAAUAUGAAAAUGUUUUAUUAUGGUUAUGCAAGACUUUUUCCCAAAUCUGACUAAACUGGCACAAGCUUGACUUUUACAGUUUUAUUGUGUAGUGAACCAUUUGAUUUCUCAAAAUUUCUAAUCAAACUAGUUUAAAAUUGUGUGUUUUUUUUGAAGCAUUAACACAAACCUUUCACAAACAUUUUCUGAAAAAUCCAAACUCAAAUCUAAAUAAUGACAUUGAAUUAGUUGAAAAAUAGACAGUGUCUCAACCCAAGUAUUGAUGUUUUAUUACUGAUACAGAUGUUGAUAUAUUGAUCUAUUGACAGAUAUUGUUUUUUGCAACAAAUAAUAUUUUGAAAGCUGAAAUCUUGCAUGAACUCACAGACGUGAUCUUUCAUCAGGACUCGGGCUAAAAGCGUCCGUUAUCUUCAGGAUCUGACCUCCAGCUUCUGUAAGAUGAACUAAAUCUGGAUCUGUCUACAGCAGACGAAAUAAAGUGAUAUAUUAAAAGAAUUGUGAUGCAGAGAGCUGAAAAUAGGAGAAGACAUGAAAAGGAGAAGACCAGUAAGGCUUGAUACCAGUGAUGAAGAGGAGGAAGACAGUAACGACAGAAGACGUACCCUGAGAGCACAAAAGAAAGUCAGAUAUUCUGAAUCCUUUGUUGUGGAGGAAGAGGAGGAGGAAGACAACUGCAACCACAACACACAAGAGGAGUUGUUACAUGUCACCUGUGGAACCAAAGAAGGCUGGUUGGAUAAAAAGAAGCUGGAAAGAGCUGAGGCCUGUAUUAAGUGUGAGGGUAAAUGGUUUACUCCGCCUCAGUUCGAGGAGUUCGGCGGACGGGAGUCCAGUAAAAAAUGGAAAAUGACUAUCUGCCUUGACGGAAAACCUCUGCAGUAUUGGUUUGAGAAAGGAUUACUCACCACCACAGGGUAUAAAAAAGGACCAAGAAAGACAACCAAGAAAAAGAAGUCAUCAGAUCAUGAGUCCCAGGAAUCUUCUGAAGAUUCAGACAUGGAGAGUGCAGGAGACAGUGAGGAGGAGCGCAGUUCAGAUGAAGAUGGCAGUGAAGAGCUGAAGCAGGAUGCAGAAGGAAGUGAGGAAGACAAAGAGGAGCCUGCAAGCAUCGAGCCUGUGGGUGAAGAUGGAGAGAUGGAUGCUAGGAAUGUGUCUGCUGUAGCUGAUGAUCUCCCAGACAGAAAUGUCUCUGAAGGUUUGUGUUUGUCUUGUGUUUUAGAAUUGGAGACGUUUCCUGUUUCAAAGAAUGCAGUCGUCACCUUAGAGAGACUUCCAGAGGCAGAACUGAGACUCCAGAACCAUCUGAAGGAACCAUCGUCCUCUUCAACCGUCGCUCAGCCUGAGGCUCUUCAUCUGACCAGCAGCAGCCAGCAGUCAGUAGCGAGUUGGUGUGUGCCGUUGAAUGAGGUCUCACAAAUCCAAGAGGAGAGAGAUCAUAACACUUCAGCAGAAACCAGAGACACAGCUUCACCGCUGACGUCUGACCCUCCGAUCACUGAAGGCAUGCUGACGCUGCAAGAAGCAGCAGAGCACACCGCCGGCGACAGCUCCAGCCGCGAUGCAGCACGGUCUCCACAUUCUGACCAGGAGACACGUGUUGACCAAACCUGUGAUCACUCCUCAAACAUGGCGGAAGCUGCAGAAAGCUCUGACGUGGACACGAUGGAGACUGACCAGCUGAAGAGAGAGAAACUGAAACUGCAAAUCAGAGUUUUGAAGUUACAAGAGAUGUAUUACUCUUCAAAAAUAUCAAGAUUUUUAAAAUCUGAGCCACCACAAUAACCUAUUUCUGUUUGUUACUAUGAAAACAUGGUUGAGAUCAAAGGCAGUAAUAUAAUGAAGUGUUCUGAAAGGCAGAGCAGCACAGUUGAUGUUUGGCUGAUAAAAUGCAAAUUAAAUGUCAUUCAAACGGUGGCUCGUUGAAUGUUUCAGGUUAAGAAAUUGGAAAAAGCCUCAUGUUUAUUCAAAUUUGUUCUUAAGAAUAUAUUUCUGUUGUUGGGUUGUUAAUUUAUGUGUGUUGUUUGUGCAUGCAUGUCUUAUUUUGCUUAAAAAUUGACUUGUGCAAUUGAUGGACUCAAAUAAACAGAAACUUGACUGA